AUGUCUUCCGCAUCUACAAAUACCCAAACUAAGAUUCAAGCUGCCAAUGUUCUACGACAUGAAUUAGAAGCAUUGAAAACUGGACGUAAAGUUUAUGUUCAACAACCAGGUAGCUUAGUAUUUUUCAAAAGUGAUAAAGACACUGCGCUGAAAAACUGUCAUGAGACUCUCAAAUCUCUACAACGUGAAUACGAACAGAUGGGAUCCAAAAUGGACCAAAGCUAA